UGACAUUUUUAUUUGGUCAUUAGCAUCAGACGCCACACCGGCUCGCGGGGUUCGGUGUUCGAGUCCGGGGAUGAUACAUCUGGCACACUUCUCGCCUUUCGAGCGCUUUCUCUUUUUGUAGCCUGGCAGAAUCUGCAGUGUGCAGCCACAAGACGGGAGGAAUUCAAGCUCACCAAAAAAGAGAGAGAGAAAAAGAAGAAGUCCAAAAAGUCCCGCUCGGCACCUGCGCGCGUCUCACCUGCGCCGCCAUGCCAGAGACCAGGCAGGAGGCUCCGGCCAAGGACUCGCCCUUCUUCAUCAAGAACCUCCUCAGCUGCGACAACAAGCCCGCCAAGCCCAAGCCGGUGCUGGCCGCCUCCAAGGCCCUGGAGGCGGCCGGAGGAUUCUCCCUGGCCCAGAUGGCCGACUUCGGCUUCCCUCGCUUCGAACUGCCGGCGCAGAGGUUCACUCUGCCGGCCCACUACCUGGAGCGCACGUCGGCCUGGUGGUACCCUUACGCCCUCAACUCAUCCGCACACAUCCACAGAAGUGAAGUCGCAGACAAGCUGUCGGCCAGAGACUCGUCCCCCACAUCUGGCACAGACCGAGACUCCCCAGAACUGGUCCUGAAGUCCGAGGCCGAGGCCAAGGACGAGGACGACGACGACGAGCAGGCGGCCAGCAAAAGCGGCGACGAGAUCAUCCUGGAGGAGAGCGACUCGGAGGAGCCCAAGAAGGACGCGGACGCGGACGCGGACUCGGACAAGAAGCCGUGCCGCAAGAAGAAGACGCGCACGGUCUUCUCGCGCAGUCAAGUCUUCCAGCUGGAGUCCACCUUCGACAUGAAGCGCUACCUCAGCAGCUCGGAGCGCGCCGGCCUGGCCGCCUCCUUGCACCUGACCGAGACCCAGGUCAAGAUCUGGUUCCAGAACCGCAGGAACAAGUGGAAGCGGCAGCUGGCGGCGGAGCUGGAGGCCGCCAACCUCAGCCACGCCACGGCGCAGAGGAUAGUCCGCGUCCCCAUCCUCUACCACGAGAACUCGGCCUCGGAGGGCGGCGGCGCGGCCUCCUCCUCCUCCUCCUCCUCCUCGGUGCCCGCCAGCCAGCCGCUGCUCACCUUCCCGCACCCCGGCGUCUACUACUCGCACCCCAUCGUCACCUCCGUGCCCCUGCUGAGACCCGUCUGAGACCCCCACCCAUCCCACUAAAAACUCUAUUUUUAUACUCCAUAUUUUUCCCAUCACAUAUUAUUAUUAUUAUUAUUAUGAUAGAGUUUCAUCUCAGGAGUCUACCUGCUCACACUGCCUAAAGAGUGUCUUUUAUUUAUUUCUUUGAAAAAUAUAUUUUAUUGUCAUCUUGUUUACAGCCCAAAUCACGUGUUCAUGUCAUACAUGGUGCAUCAUCAAUACCCUAGGGCAGGGGUGUCAAACGUACGGCCCGAGGGCCGGAUCAGGCCCGCCAACAGGUUUUUACCCGGCCCGCGGGAUGAGUUUGCUAAGUAUAACAAUUAAUAAUAAUAAUUAGGGAUGUCUGAUAAUGGCUUUUUGCCGAUAUCCGAUAUUCCGAUAUUGUCCAACUCUUUAAUUACCGAUACCGAUAUCAACCGAUAUAUGCAGUUAUGGAAUUAACACAUUAUUAUGCCUAAUUUGGACAACCAGGUAUGGUGAAGAUAAGGUACUUUUAAAAAAAAAAUUAGUAAAAUAAGAUGAAUAAAUUAAAAACAUUUUCUUGAAUAAAAAAGAAAGUAAAACAAUAUAAAAACCGUUACAUAGAAACUAGUAAUGAAUGAAAAGGAGUAAAAUGAAGUGUUAAAGGUUAGUACUAUUAGUGGAGCAGCAGCACGCACAAUCGUGUGUGCUUACGGACUGUAUCCCUUGCAGACUGUAUUGAUAUAUGUUGAUAUGUAAUGUAGGAAGCAGAAUAUUAAUAACAGAAAGAAACAACCCUUUUGUGUGAAUGAGUGUAAAUGGGGGA